CAGGCCUCGGGCCCUCAGGCGGGCGACAGGCAUCGGACCCCAGGACGAAGCGGCGGGCACCGAGUCACCAGGCACGACAGUGGGCACCGAGUCGUCUGGCAAGACUGCGGGCACCGAGUUCACAACUGGCGGAACAGCGGGCAUCGAGUCAACUGGCGGAACAGCGGGCACCGAGUCGUCUGGCAAGACUGCGGGCACCGAGUCGUCUGGCAAGACUGCGGGCACCGAGUCGUCUGGCAAGACUGCGGGCACCGAGUCGUCUGGCAAGACUGCGGGCACCGAGUCAACUGGUGGAACUGCGGGCAUCGAGUCAACUGGAGGCGGAACAGCGGGCACCGAGUCGUCUGGCGGAAGACUGCGGGGCACCGAGUCGUCUGGCGCAAGACUGCGGGCACC